GAAAGAGGACUGUAAAGAGAGAGAGAGAGCUCAUGAGAGGAGGUUGAAAGAAAUGUGAGAGGAGAGGUUUCUGUUGAAAGAGUGAACAUCAGGAGGGAGGGAUAUCUGUAUAUAUAUAUAUAUAUAUAUAUAUAUAUAUAUAUAUAUAAAGGAGGGAGAGAGAGAAAAGGCUAAACAGAGGAAACUCGCAGGGAUUUCUUGAUAUACGCAGUGAAUUAAACUGGAAAUGAAUCUAACAAUGAUUCUGGUGGCUGUCGUGGUUUUCGCCGUUCUGUCCUGCUGUGACUCUGCCAACAAAAACUCAACACUAACCAUCACAACAGCUGAUCUGUCACAGGCAAGAGAUUUCAAUGAAGAGACAGUUAGAGGUCGAGGGGACACUCCUGACAUCAUAGAACCUGAACCAACCACUGCUGUCUCGGACAUUGAGAGCACUUACAACUACAUCUUGUCUCGACUGGCAGCGAUGGAUCAGGCCAUCCACAAGCUUAAUGUGGGCCAUUACACACUGGACAUUAAAGUUACACAACUUCUGGACAGCGUGUCACAUCUUGACAGUAGAUUAGGCAACACUGAGGAUACUAUACAACAGGUUUCAUCCUACUGCAUAGAUAAUCGCAAAGAGAUUGGACGACUAGAGGGGUGCCAGAAAGGUCUUAAAAUGGGAUACAAAUGCGUUCUGGCAUACCGCUUGUAUGAAACCUAUGCGGAUGCAUCUCAGAAGUGCCAUGAGCGUGGUGGACGCAUGGCUAUGCCUCGAGACCGCAAGGAGCAGGAAGCUUUGGCCGAAUAUGUAAAAUCAGUAUUCCAUGGAAACUGGCCUGUUUGGCUCGGGAUCAACGACCAGCGCUCUGAAGGCUUCUACCUAUUUGAGGACACAACUCGUGUCACUUACUUCCAGUGGAGAAAGCACUUCCUGUCAAGCCAGCCAGAUGGCGGGAAACGAGAGAACUGUGUAGCUAUGUCAUCAGAUGAUGGAGACUGGUGGGACACCUACUGUGACAGACGCAUUUAUUACCUAUGCGAGUUUGACCUUUGACCUUGAUAAAUUCCUAGAUGAAGCAGCUCACUUCUAAUCAAGAUUUUGAGAUUUUUUUGUUAUAAAGAGCCAGCUAUUGAUGGUUUCUAAAAAUACAGUUGUUGCACAUGUAGCAUUUGGACCAAUGAAUUUAAAGACCCCAUGAAAUGAUGAACAGAGUUUUCUUACAUCUUUUUGAAACAGGAAGUUAGGGCAGGACACAAAGGGUUAUACUUUUUUUUUUAAAUACCCAAUAGAAAUUAGUUUGUCACAGCCUGGCAUAAAACUUAUUUUGAUAUCCAGUUUGCCAUGUGUUAUUGCUAGUGGGUGGCAAGUGGCAUUUAAAUUUAGGGGGAGAGGAGGUUCUCAUUCUAGAGAGCAUAUUAGAAGACACAUUUUUUGGACACGCUUCUGCAUAAAACAUGUGUCAACAAUAUUUUUGGUCCCACAAGUUGUUGGUAGCAGAAAGCAUAUGUGCUAUAUUUGUAUUUUGGCAACAUUAAAAGAACUAGCACAGUUCUUGUCUACUGGUGGUUUGUGACACAAAAAUGUGUCGCAGGUCUGUUGCUCACAGCAGGGUGAAAAACAAUGCUAAAUGCACACAGAAUCCAUGACAUGCCCUCGUCUUUGAAAACUAUGAGCAAAACUAAGAAAGGUAAAAUAAAAUAUAACCCAGACUACAUUAAACAUGGGUUCACUUGUAAACGAGUAUAAACAUUAUUCUGUACAACUGAGUUACUGCAGAAACAGAUAAUAAACAAAUAAAUACAUUGUAAUGUUUGAUUCCAACUUGAUCCCAUUUUGACUUCUUAAAAGAGAAAAAUAAUCCUUUAUUUGUAAAAGCUGGAUUUGAAAAUCAAGAAUGAAUUAAAACAGAAUUUGUAAUCUUGUUUGAUGUUUAAAAAUUUGUAUUCUAAGGGGGCUUUCACACUAGCACUUUUGGUGCGCACCCGGGUUCGAAUGACGUCGGAGUUCGGUUCGUUUGGAUGAUGAACGCUGUCUUCCGAACUCGGGUGCGCACCCGCGAACCGUACUCGGGUCUGCUUAAAAAGGUGGUCUGGGGUACGGUUCAUGUGAACUCCAGUACGGUUCACUGCUGAUAUGAACGCAAUCGAACCAAACCGCGGAAGUGAACCGCUAUUGAUGACGUAUAAUGUGGUCGUCAGUCUCACACGCGUCACUUUCAAAAUGAGCGGAAAGGGUUUGGUCUUCCGAUGAAAUUGAUACCUUGUUAGCUGUAUGGGCUGAUGAAAAUAUUCAAACGCAACUGGAAAACACACAUAAAAAUGCUGACAUUUUCAAAAUGUUUAGCGAGCACCUGAAAAUGAGGGGAUUCACAAGAACGCCGGAUCAAUGUCGCGUGAAGGUAAAAAAACUCAGACAGCAAUAUCUGAAAAUACGUGACUCCCUCAGACUUAACUCUACAAAAUAUUUGAUAAACGUUAGCUCUUUCGUGCAUGCGUGCGUGUGUGCAUGUGUGUGUGUGUGUAUACACUUACCUUGACGAAAAGCGGGAUUGACGCACAUGCACACGCACUGCAAGCAGAGAAAAAUUGUCUUCGGUGGACAGCCCGCUGUCUUUUGAACGAUUUCAGUAUUUUUGCGGCAGACAGAUGCAAGUGUGUUUCUGUAUCUUGAUGUUGAAAACAAAACCAAAGGUUAAAAAAAAGAAGAACAAAUGUUAACCGAGCAAGUCUAUUCAUUGAAUUUUGACGCCUUUUCAUUUCGCGGUUAUCAAGCACCACGAUUACGCACCAGCUGCAGCUUGAUGACGCAAGCGUACCGCGGUUCGGAUACAAAUAUAUAAUGUGAACACAGUCCAUCGGGGGGAGGGGGGAGCAAUCGAACUCGGGUUCGGAACAGGCAAUCGAACCAAGUGUGAAAGCCCCCUAAGAGUGUGUGGGGUUAACUUUUGUUUUAGGUUUCAUUAGUGUUGCUUUGGACUCUUGUUCAAAACUGUAACAGAAAACUGCUUUCAUUUUGUCCUUCUAAAAAAUUCUCAAGAAAUAUGUUUUUUUGUUUAAACCUUGUGGAUUAUCUGUUUUCAAAGCUUGAAUGGAUUUUGCUAUUAUUGAAACAGGUUUAAGGUGAAAUGGGACUCUUGAUCUAUGCUGAAAUGUAGAUGAAAAUAUUUGUUCUGUCUCAUGCCAGAACAUGCAUUUCUUCGGUCCUUUACAAUUGCUGCAUGUCAGACUGUACAUUUUAAACCCAAUAAAAAUGCCAAGACAUUGGCAUGUUUGA